AUGCCGCCAGUGAUACAUUGCAUCCGCCAUGGACAGGGCUUUCACAACGUCGGUGCCGGGUGCUACACUCUUUCUGAUCCUCGCCUGACUCCUUUGGGUGAAGAGCAGAAUAUGGCGUUGCGAGAGAGCGCCUUCUCUGAUCAGUCAAAGAUAUAUCUUGUCCUUGCUUCUCCCCUUUGCCGCACUCCCCAAUCUGCCAGUCUAGUGUUCCAACCAGCGCUCCAGGGCGGCAGUAAGUGUCACCCUGAGAUCAUCGCUGUCCUUGACGCGCAAGAAACCUCGGAUGACCCGUGCGAUGUCGGAACGGAUCCAUCAGUCCUUCACAAAGUGGUAAUCGAGAACAACUGGCCUGUAGAUCUCUCUCUCGUCCAGGGCGGCUGGAACAUGAAAGCUUUAGGGACUCGCUACAGCCCAGAAAGCACCGCUAUAGUAGCUCGCGCUCGCGACGUCCGCAUCUUCAUCCGGCAGAAGAUCCGAGAACUGAUCGAGCAAGGCGAUACGGACCCCCAAGUUGCUCUUGUGACACAUGGCGGCUUUCUGCGCUAUUUCACUGAUGACUGGGAAGACUCAUGGUUGAAUCCUGGGACGGGAUGGAAGAACUGCGAUACCCGGUCCUACAUUUUCGAGCAAGAUGUAAGAAUGAUAUAG